ACUAUUCCUUCUUCUAGGCAGAACGCUACCCAACAUGGCUGCUGCUGUGCAGUAGAGGCACAGAAGUACAGUAGUACUCGAGAGAAAAACACAAUUUUACAAGGAUAUCAACAGCGACCUAAAAAUAACGAAAGACCUCUACAUGAUUGUUAUGAAGAGGAUCCCCGUGCUGCACCUGAGCAACAAUUAAUCCUCCAAACAAAAACCCCACAUCCCAGAGUUCCCUGCUUCUCUCUGCUGGUCCUGCAGGUGUGGGCGUGCCUACUGUCACACUGGCCGAGGAGGCAGGGCGGAAGGUGUUGCCAGGUGGAGGACCAAGGCUGCACCCGCCUGCCUUCUCCAUCUUCCUCCGUCCUUAUCCGAACCACCCGAUCUGCAGCUUCCACAGGCGGCAGGCUGAGAGGGAUCCGCCCAAGACCCUCAAGUUCGUGGCGUCCAGAUUUGGAUAUUAUAGAGCGGCACUGACAGGGCUCUGCCAGGUGGCGUUGGCUGGUUGAGGAGCGGAGCAUGUGGAGUGGUUGUGGUUGCUAUGGAGCCGCAGGAUAAGAAGCAGGAGGAGGAUGCUGUGACUCUGGGGCUGUCGACUGGCCAGGCUCUGGUUAAGCUCCGGGACCAGCUUAGCAGCCUGCUGGAGCAGCACCAGAGGGCUGCACGCAGACGAGCCUCUGCACAGGAGCAGUGGGUGAGUAGCUUCCUUUACCAUGGCAACCGUCACUCCUGCCUCCAUUGGCCAGGAGCUGCCCUCACUCUACUGGUGGUGCUGGGACUCUUCUGUUGCCAUGGCAGCCAGCCAAAGGGCAGUUCUGGUAUAGAGCUGGUGAACGCAGCAGCCCUUCUUCUCCUCUUCCUGCUCAACCUGCUGCUGGUCGGACGUCAGGAGAAGCUGAAGAGGAGUGAGAUGGUCCAUCGCCUUAAGGGCAUCAUCACACAGCUCAGCGACUAUCUGUCAGGGUGUGUGGGUGAAGUGCGGUGGUCUUCAUCUCUUUACCCUGACCUGUACACACCCUCGUCCCCAUCGUGGUCCCUUCACUGGACCUACCGCGACUCCCAGCUGAUUAACCUGCCUGUUAGUCUGCUGGUGGAAGGAGACAUCAUCGCUCUAAGACCUGGCCAAGAAGCGUUCGCAUCCCUCAGAGGAAUUAAGGAUGAUGAACACAUUGUGUUGGAGCCAGGAGAUUUAUUCCCCCCGUUCUCCCCUCCUCCUUCCCCACGAGCCAAUGAGAAGAGAGGACCCCAGAGCCCCCAGCAGCAUCGUCUCUUCAGAGUGGUGCGAACUCCGGUUCUGGACGCAGUCAGGAACAGUUUGGAGAUGGCGCGGUCUCGACCAAUCACAGUGCUAGACAAUGAGAGGUUUACAGUACAGUCAGUCAUCACCAAGCUCGUCUGUCCUGUUGUGCUGGUGGCGUUCCUGCUAGUAAACACCAUCCGCUAUUUUUGUGAUGCACCCAGCCUCACCCCAGCCUGCUACAAUUUCUUUCAACUUCAGGUGAUGGGUGCUCUGCCCAUCUUGCCCCUGCUCUUCCCUGUCAUGUGGGUGCUGGUGAAUGCCUUCGGAGAAGCCAGAGUCCUCGCUGAGUUCAGCCGUGCAUCACCAGCUGGCCUGCUUGCUAAGUUCUCUGAGGACACUCUAAGCAGCUACACGGAAGUGGUUUCCUCCCAGGAGAUGCUGCGUUGUGUGUGGAGACACUUUGUUGGCGUCCUGAAGGGAGAGUCUCAGACACUCUGCUAUACCUCCAGCCUUUUACACACUCUGGGAUCUGUCACUGUGCUGUGUUGUGUGGAUAAACAGGGUAUCCUUUCGUGGCCAAACCCCAGUCCAGAGACGGUGCUGUUCUUCAGUGGACGGGUGGAACCACCUCACAACAGUCAGGAUGAUCUGAGAGACGACCUGUCUGUCAACUCCUACUGUAGAAUGGAGACCGACGAUGAUCGGGAUGAGGCGCAGGAGGUGGAGGCUCUGCUCUGUCUACCAACAGAGUCCUCUAACCAGCUGGGGGAGGGGCCCGAACCCAGCGAGACGUCACACGACACCGCUCGCUCCAGUGACACACUCCGACUCGUGCGCUCCUGCCAGCCCGUACACACUCGCACCAAACACCACUCUGGAUCCAACGUGAGCUUCAGCCACGACACUGAGGGAGGCGAGGAUGACCAGGCCCAGGACUUUGCGAUGGGCUGCCCGGAGGCGGAGGCUGACGACUUCGUGUGCGACUACCACCUGGAGAUGCUGAGCCUGUCACAGGACCAGCAGAACCCAGCCAGCAUCCAGUUCGAUGACCUCUCCUGGCAGUGCCACCUGCCCUCCCUUAAACCGCUGGGCCUCAACAUCAUGCUGAACCUCUGCAACGCCAGCGUCACCCAGCAGCUCUGUCGCUUCUCCGACCACUUGUCCAACCUGGCGCUGCAGGAGAGCCACGGCACCGUGCUGCCCGUCUACGUCCCCUGGGGGCUCUGCGAACUCUCCAGGCUCAUAGGGUUCACUCCUGGUGCGAGGGAGCUGUUUAAACAGGAGAACCACUUGGCUCUGUACCAGCUGCCAUCUGGAGAGAAGACCAAGGAGCUGUCUUCCCGCCGCCUGCAUUACUUCAUCAAACGCCAGCCUCCCAUCUCCCACCUCAUCUCCCUGUUCGUACGAGACUCCUCCUCCAAUAACGUCCAGAUGCUGUCACACGGCUCGGCCGACCUCAUCCUGGAGGCAUGCACUGACUUCUGGGAUGGAACCGAUAUUUAUCCUCUCUCAGGCUCAGACAGAAAGAAGGUUCUGGACUUCUACCAGCGUGCCUGUCUGUCAGGUUACUGCUCAGCGUUCGCCUACAAACCCAUGCAAGUGUCACUGUCCAGCCAACUGAAUGGGAAGUGUGUGGAGCUGACCCACGGUCCCUGCCUCUUCUCUGGGUUGGAGCUACCCUCCACCACCCCCAUCAAACACAACUCCUGCAGGAACAGCUGGAGCUCAGACGAGGGUAUAGGUGAGGGUGUGGAGCGUGAGGACUGUGUGCAGGCCCUGAGUGGGCAGAUCUUCAUGGGCAUGGUGUCGUCCCAGUUCCAGGCCAGGCUGGACACGGUCCGGCUCAUCGAUGCCCUGGUCACCGCCUGCAUCCGCUUUGUUUACUUUUCCAUGGAAGAUGAACUCCGCAGCAAGGUUUUUGCAGAGAAGAUGGGUUUAGAGACAGGCUGGAACUGUCACAUCUCUCUGACUCCAAACGGAGACAGUCCCUGUGAUGGAGCUCCAUCCAGUCCCAGUCACGGCUCCCUCCAUGAAGACCUAAACCAGGACUCUCGGGAUGAAGCAGAAGGUCCGCUGCUGCCAGAGGAGGAAGCCCACUCUGACCUGGCCAGUUUCCAGCCCACAGACAGCGACGUGCCCAGCUUUCUUGAGGACUGUAACAGGGCCAAGCUACCUCGUGGUAUCCACCAGGUUCGUCCUCAUUUGAAGAACAUCGAUAAUGUGCCUCUUUUGGUGCCACUCUUCACAGACUGCACCCCUGACACGAUGUGUGAGAUGAUGAAGAUCAUGCAGGAGAACAGGGAGGUUACAUGCUGUCUGGGAAGCUCUGCCAAUUUCCGAAACAGCCGCCUGUUCCUGCAGAGUGACGUCAGCAUCGCUCUGGAUCCUCUCUACCCAUCUCAGUGUUCGUGGGAGACGUUCGGCUACGCUACAGGAGGAGGAUUUAACGGAGAUGUUGAAGGUCUGUCUCCUCUGAGGCUCUCCGGACAGCUCAACAGUAUGGGCUGCUCCGUCACCUUCCACCAAGGAGAGAGUGUCAGCAUGGUCAAACUCAUAGAGCAGGCUCGACACACGACCUACGGCAUCCGCAAGUGCUUCCUUUUCCUGCUGCAGUGCCAGCUCAGUCUGGUCAUCAUCCAGUUCUUAGCCUGUCUAGCUCAGCUCCCUCCUCCCAUAAACACCACUGACAUCCUCUGGCUGUCCUGCUUCAGCUGCCCACUGCUAAGCGUGUCACUUUUGGGGAAACCACCAGACAAUUCAGUCAUGUCAGUCGCCACAGGGAAGAACCUCGAUGCCAUUCCGAGGAAGACCCAGAACUACUUCCUGGGCUGUUUCCUGUUGAAGUUUGGCCUGACGGUGUGUGCCUACCUGUUGGCCUUCGGGUUCACCCUGCAGGAGAUCUGCCUCAGAAGCAGCAAUUUAACUUUAGCUGAGAACAGCACCUGCCUUCAUAUACUCACAGCCAGCUCUUUGGAUGACGCUCCUCACUGGUUCAAUGAGCUGUCAAACGGCCUGCUGCUGACUCAGAAGGUCAUGGCAGGGUUCCUCGUCUUACACACAGUGGUGAUCUCCCUCAGCUACGUCCACCGCUCUCAGCCUCUGUGGAGAAAGAGUCCAUUCAGCAACACAUGGUGGUGUCUCACUGUACCUGUGGUUCUGCUCAGCCAGAUUGUUCAGGCUACGGUGGAUUACCAGUUGUGGCGUGACCAGGGCAGCCUCCUGACCUUUAACCUGGCCGACAUACCACUGCUAGCCUGGCUGCUGGCCUCUCUGUCCCCGCUGCUGGUGGUGGUGGUCAACGAGGUGGUGAAGCUACACGAGAUACGGGUGCGAGUUCGCUACCAGAAGAGGCAGAAGCUGCAGUUUGAAACAAAGCUGGGAAUGAACUCUCCUUUCUGAUGCCUUCCCCUCGGAGGAAGUCGAUGUCGUGGCAACACUGGGAACCAGUCAGUCAGUUCUGGAAAACCAGGGAAGGGCAGGCUGCAAAUACUUGUAGUACCCUCCGUUAACACUGCAACCAUCAGCAGGAGCAAGUAUCAACCAAAUGUCACAGUGUGGGGGGCAGGGGGGGGGCUUUAUUACAAAUGUUGAAGCUCCCGGGUGUGUUCUCUUGAAACAGCUGAUCCUCUAGAGCAGGGAAAAGGAAAAUUCCAAAGCAUUCAUUUCCUUUUUUGAAUAGAAAAGAGCCAAAAAAAAAUAGGCGACUAUUUAUUGUCUGAUUUUUUUUUUUUUUUUUAGUUUGUUUUAAAGGCAUGAGGAAUGUUUUGUGAAGAGGUUUACGCUUCCUCACUAUCAACUUCUGUCCUCCACCUCUUGAGAGACUCGUGCAUGGUCGCUCUCAUCUCCAGGAAUGCUCCAUACAAGCCACUAAAACACUGCUUCACUUUCAAAGGAGUUCAUUUUAACAUCAUCCAACGAGACGCACUGAAUCGCGGCAUAUCCGGUCCAGCCUUCAUUCAACGUAACAUCACAUCAGUGUGUCUCCUCUCCAAGGAAAACAUGCAGUAUAGGGCUGAAAGGAAAAGGUAGUCUUAACAAGGUGUUUUUUUUUUUUUUCAUUGACAUCUACAGAAUCGGGUGUAACGCUACCUCUGAAACAAAUGUGACAAAGAAGCUUUUGGAAGCUGAAUCAUUCUGUAAUUCGGCCUUUGAGCCACAUUUGAAUCUUCACUGUGCUAGAGCCUGCAAAAGCAACAUUCUCUAUUUUAUCCUAUUUUACUACAAACGUUCUCACUCAAUUCCUGAGCUAAGCUGCUGUAAUACAGUAAGGAAUGAGGAUUAAGGAUUCAAUUGGAUCAGUCGAGUUUUAUACACACAUAUCUACAUUUAAAUCUAUAGAUCUGUCUAACUGCAGAAUGUGCCGGCAUGCUGCUUUAAACCCACGCAGUUGGCUGUGCAGUGAUUUUUUUAGUCCCUUCCUACUUUUUAAGUGAUUCACUUCAUUCAUUCUGGUAUCCAAAGCUACCAGAAGUCUUCUGUAAGGUGCUUCAUAUCAUUCAGUUGCCUUCCUUCUCAGCCUGUCUGCCUCUCUCAUCUCUCAACACCUCCACAGACAGGAGCUCAGGAUACUGUUCAGUUUGGAAGUGUAAAAAAAAAAAAGAAUAGUUAAGUAGAUUUCAUCUGCUAAUGUCUUAACCCAGAUUUUAAUUUUGGAUGUGCUGAUCAUUUUCCCGCUCAUCAAGUGUUUCCAUUCAUCUGCACCUGCCUGUUUUUUUUAUCUUUUAUUUUCUACUGUGUUCAGGCCUUUUUAUUCACACGGUUAACGUGCACCAUCAGCAGCACACACGUCUGUAUCACUGAUGGUCUCCUUCAGUCAGACCAGCCUUCUGUAGGGUGCUGUCAUUAUUUCAAAAGUGGGACGGUGGUACUUACUGGUAAUGCAUUUCACUUCAGAACUCAACACCAUGCUUUGAUGUGAUAUAAAAUAUAAAAUGAUGUAUACUGUAAUAAAGGAUGUUAUUUCUUUUUAAAAAAAAUAAUUUUGUUUAUGUGGGAAUCAAGUGACAUUUACAUAUUAUGUGUAAUGCAUUUUCCUCAAUUUUAUUUAUUUUUUCCCCACUAAAAGAAAUAAUUUUAGUUAGAGGAUUUUAUCAGUAUCACCCACUGCUAUUCCUUAAUGUUUCAGUCACAUGACCACAAACUGACUGACACCUGGGGUUUCAUCUAAAGAUGGCAUCAAACGUGGCUUUUUGGGCUGUAGCUACUAUUGAGGACACUGAGGUCAUGUCCUCUGUCAUUUAUUCUCUGGGAAUUUAGAGGUUUUAGCAACAUGUGGGGAUUUAACAGUUUAAAAACUGACUUUUGGUGGAUAUUUUAUAGGCUGAUUACAGAUUCAAUAUAUAUAUAUUUGACUGCUUUUAGGACAACAACAAAAAAAAAGAAUAAAGAAAGAUUUCAACAUUUAAACACCAGACUUGUUCUGGUAGUGUGGACAAUAUAAAUGAACAGUUAAAGGAGUAGAUACAA